AAAAUCUGAUAAUGAAUGACAGUUUUUGCUCCUAGGAACAGGGGUGGUUCAUUUUCCUCUAUUCGGGCAGAGCGGCUACGAGAGAAAUUGCCUUAUAGCUCAUUAUUGGCUCAGUUGCCACCAGCACACUUUGCUGCUUUGACCACUGGAGGCUCCCAGCAGCUUAUGCGUCACUUCAUCUUUCAGAAGCCGAUCAUGGCGGAGCUACAACCACAGCGAGAAGUGGAGCCUCAACUUCUUAAUGGGGACGACUUAAACGAGGAAAGAGGAGAUGCGGACGCAUCAGAGACAGUAAAGAAAAAGAGAAGAAAGAAAAAGAGGAAUAAGACCAGUGCGGCAGCAGGGACAAACGAGGCUGAGGGGGACGGAGGAGAUGCCUUAGGUGUUGGUGAUGUGACAAAACAGCUGGAGCAGCAAACACUGGAAGAGAAAGAGAGGGCUGAGGAUGCAGAAGACGAUGGUGACGAGGGAGAAAACUCAGCUGGUAAAAAGAAGAAGAAGAAGAAGAAGAAGAAAGGAUCGAAGGGACAGACUGACCCUCCCUCAGUCCCUAUUUGUGAGCUUUAUCCCAACGGAGACUUUCCAAAGGGAGAGGAGUGCGAAUAUCCCCCAUCAAAAGACGGGCGAAGUGCAGCUUGGCGGACCACCAGUGAGGAGAAGCGGACCCUGGAUAGGGCCAAUGAGGAGAUGUGGAAUGAUUUCAGGCAGGCGGCCGAGGCACACCGGCAGGUCCGGUCUUAUGUCAGGAGCUGGAUCCAACCGGGAAUGACCAUGAUUGACAUCUGUGAGAAGCUGGAGGACUGCUCCAGGAAGCUCAUCAAAGAAAACGGGCUUUAUGCUGGCCUGGCCUUCCCCACCGGCUGCUCUAUCAACCACUGUGCUGCACAUUACACCCCGAAUGCAGGAGACCCUACUGUGCUGCGCUACAACGACGUCUGCAAAAUUGACUUUGGAACACACAUCAAUGGUAGAAUAAUAGACUGUGCUUUCACCGUCACUUUCAACCCAAAGUAUGACAGACUGCUGGAAGCUGUGAGGGAUGCAACCAACACCGGCAUCAGGUUUGCUGGAAUUGAUGUACGCCUGUGUGAUGUUGGUGAGACCAUUCAGGAAGUUAUGGAGUCCUAUGAAGUGGAGAUAGAUGGGAAAACAUAUCAAGUGAAGCCAAUUAGGAAUCUCAAUGGUCACUCCAUUGGACAAUACAGGAUACACUCAGGGAAGACAGUCCCUAUUGUGAAAGGUGGAGAGGCAACUAGGAUGGAGGAAGGUGAAGCUUAUGCCAUUGAGACAUUUGGGAGCACUGGAAGAGGUGCAGUCCACGAUGACAUGGAGUGUUCACAUUACAUGAAAAACUUCAAUGUUGGACAUGUGCCAAUAAGACUUCCAAGGGCUAAACAUCUCCUGAAUGUGAUCAAUGAGAACUUCGGCACUUUGGCCUUCUGUCGCCGCUGGCUGGACCGUCUGGGUGAGAGCAAGUACCUGAUGGCACUGAAGAACCUGUGUGACCUCGGCAUCAUAGACCCGUACCCUCCUCUCUGCGACAUUAAGGGCAGCUACACCGCCCAGUAUGAGCACACCAUCUUACUCAGGUCCACCUGCAAGGAAGUUGUGAGCCGAGGAGACGACUACUGAGCAUGCGCCAAAGGCGAACCAGGAGGAGCAUGACAGAACUUCAGACUGACAGCAAUUAUGCAAUAUUUCUCUGACCUAAAUUUCAGAAGCUUGAAUACCUAAACAAAAGACAUGUAACAGCAACGGCUUACUAGAUUUUUGUUGUGUUUUGUUUAGGAUCAAGCCAGGAGGCAAAGGGCAUAUCUAUAAGAAUUGUAGCAUUUUCACUUUAGUUAAACUUUCAUGUGCUGCUUUUAAGAAAUAUGCAAAACACAUUUAUGCAAAAAGAUGAUGCAAAAACAAAAAAAAGAAAAGGUUUAGAGGAGCUCCUCUCUUAAACAUGCUAUGCUAAACUGUCUUGUUAAGACUUGGAGGAAAAAGAACAGCUAUGAAAUAUUUAUAUUUCUAUAUGUUGCUGCUUUAUUUUAAGUUGAGGUAGUUUUAUAAGGAAUAAAUUGUUAUAAAUCUU